GUAACACAAGAAAAAGAAAGAAAAAAGAAAAACAAACAUGGGUGAAAUUUGGGAUCUAACUGGUUCAAAACUUGCAAGCAUAUUGUUUAUCUGGGCUAUGGUUCAAAAGUUUUGUCCAUAUCAAAUUCAUGAUUUCAUAAAAAAAAUCUCAAACAAAUUAGCCAGCUUGUUUGACCCUUAUGUUGAGGUUAGAUUCUUUGAGUACAUUGGUGAUUUCAAGAAAAUCAAUGAAGCUUUCUCUGUCAUUGAUCACUACUUAACAUCCAAAUCCACCAAUCAAUCAAAGAAACUCCAAGGUGAAUUUGUGAAAAAUUCUUUAGUUCUAAAGACAGAUGAAAGAGAAGAGUUUCAUGAUGAAUUUGAAGGCAUUAAGGUUGUUUGGAGUCUAAGAAAAAUAGUUUCCCAAACAAAAUCUGUUUCGUUCCGCCCUCCUAAGGACAAAAGAUAUUACAAUCUCAUGUUUCACCGCGGACAUCGUGAUUUUGUUACAAAAUCUUACCUUAACCAUGUUUUGGAACAAGGUAAGAACAUUGGUUUAAGUAAGAGGCAAAGAAAACUUUACACAAAUUGCAAAGCUAAAUGGAGUCGUGUGAUUUUUGAACAUCCAGCUUCUUUUGAAACAAUUGCAAUGGAUCCAAAAAGUAAGAAAGAGAUUGUUGAUGAUCUUAUUAGAUUCAGUAAGUCCAAAGAAUAUUAUGCAAGAAUUGGUAAACCUUGGAAGAGGGGCUAUUUGCUAUAUGGUCCUCCAGGAACAGGAAAAUCAUCAUUAGUAGCUGCUAUUGCAAAUUUUUUGAAGUAUGAUAUAUAUGACAUUGAGUUAACUAAUGUGAAAAUAAAUGCAGAGUUAAGGAAACUUUUGAUUGGAAUUACGAGUAAGUCGGUUGUUGUUAUUGAAGAUAUUGAUUGUUCGCUCGAUCUUACCGGUCAGAGGAAGACAAAUUUGGAGAAUGGUAAAGAAAAAGAGGUGAAGAAGGAUAUGAAUCAAGUUGUUGCUUCUCUGCAUGAGUUAAAAUCAGAAGCUGCAAUAGAGAACCAAAAAAUUAGUCAGGUAACACUUUCUGGAUUGUUGAAUUUCAUUGAUGGGAUUUGGUCAGCUAGUCCUGGGGAGAGAUUGAUUAUAUUUACUACUAACUAUGCCGAGAGACUCGAUCAUGCUCUAAUUCGUCGAGGACGAAUGGAUAUGCAUAUUGAAUUGUCUUAUUGUGGUUUUGAUGGAUUCAAAAUAUUGGCAAUGAAUUAUCUGAAUCUUGAAUCUCAUUUUUUGUUCGAGACGAUUCGGUCUUUGUUGGAAGAGACUAAUAUGAUACGAGCUGAUGUUGCUGAAAACUUGAUGCCUAAGGUAACUAAUGAAGAUGUUGAGACCUUAUUGGAGAGGUUGAUCCAAGCACUUAGAAGCCGUAAGGAAGAGGCAGAGAAAAAAGAAGGGACUAGUGGAGAGGACACAUCAAAGGAGGAGGCAAAAGAUGCUGAGGACAAGGAGUUCGAGGAAGAGAUUGAAAAUGUAAAGUCCUAGGCAAUGUAUGUCAAAUUGUAGUUUAUUGUUGGGUAUUUUUCAAUAUUGUCUUAAUUAUGAAUGAGUUAGUAUGAAUAUCUAUUUCUAUGCUUACAUUAGAGUCUUAUUUUACAUUAUUAUAGUUACAUUAAUAUGCUUAAUUUCAAACAGUGUUAUGUUGAAUCACAAACUCAACAUUUGUGCUCUAGGCAUAUGAUCAACAAUGUAAAAAUAUACAUAUUUUUAGUUUGUAAUAAAAGUUCAAGUUUUAUGUGUGAGCUUUUCUAUCAAAUGUUCUUUUUUCCGCUAGUGCAUGUUCUUUAUUGUCUAUAGUGCAUUCUAUUCUGCACUUGCUACUACUAAAUUAAGUUUUUUAUUCAAUAGACUACAGUAUGUGUAUCCAAGAGUAAGUGUAGAAACAAUUAUUCCAGUUAACAACUCAAUGUAGACAUUAAAUUUCAAUAACCUAACUGUCAAAACAAAAGUUCUUAUUGAGUACACAGUGAUGCAAUAGUUAGAUAUGAAUGGAUACAGGUGAUAACUAUUGUUAACUAAUGUUCUUACAUAUUUGACAUUUCCUUGUAUAAGCAAUGUUGAUAUACUACAUGUUAAAGAACAACAGCACAGUAAUUUAAGUCAAUAAAUACUAGUAACAUUGCAAGUGCAUGUGAAACUAUCUUGGCCGUACUCGUACCAUUUGAGUUCAAGUUUAUCAUCAUCAUAUGUAAUAGC